AUGUCGACCGCAAGCUCGAGUAAACGGCGAAGAAAGCCCAGGCGUCGAUUCUCGUCGGUCACAAAUGCUGAUAUCUGGCGGGAUCCUUUGGCGCCGCUCCCCUCAGCACCAGUCCCGUCGGUCUUUCGUGGCAAGAGGAAUUCUGUGAGCCCGUCAAAACCUCAUAAAGACGCUGAACGCCCCUUGUAUACUUCAACUGGAGUACCGGAUCACUGGGAUUCGGGAAGGGACCGACCUCUUCGAUCGCGCUCUGUAUCUCCUGGGGAGCGGCUGUUUCGCAGGAGGCCAGACGCGCCGCUAGCCUACGCCUCGUUACCACCGACGCCCAUAUCACCGUCCCCUCCUCAAGGACCCGGCUUUCGCAACUCACCUCCUCCUUCGCCGACUCUUCACCCGGAAACUCGUGAACUACCCUUUUCACUGUGGGACUACCUUCGUGAGGAGCUUCUGGCUACCGACUUCGACUCACACCAGGAGUUGAAGUGGGAGAGGGUCAGCAACUUCCUGAGCAUUCCGUUAGCCAUAGAGAAGAUAAUAGGCUUUGGAUUUAUCCUGUGCUUGGACUCAUUCCUCUACACAUUUACUAUCCUACCGAUCCGCUUCUCCUUGGCUCUCUUCCGAUCCACCGCCAAUUUCUUCUCUUGCUCAGCAGCUCCGCUCCCACCGUCGCAGAAGGCUGAUAUACUUCAAGCACUCCUCUUAGCUGUCUCGGUAGCAAUCCUCGUUCCUUUGACUGACGCGAGUAAAAUAUACCACUCCAUACGUGGACAGGAUACAAUAAAACUAUAUGUCAUAUUCAACGCCCUCGAAAUCGCAGACAGACUGUGCGCUUCAAUAGGGCAGGAUAUCAUAGAUUGUCUAUUCUCUCGGUCUACCCUUGAACCACUUUCAAGACGAAAGCCGUUGUCAGCGAGUAAUGACAUAACAUAA